AUAUUAUAUGUUCUCUAUAGAUAAUUGAAUUCUCUAUCCAUAGAAAUAAAAAAAACGCGUUACGCAUCAAUGGUUUUAAUUGCGCAUUGUCAUUUCUAGUUUUUGUAUUGAAUUGAAUUUAUCGACGAUUUACGAAAUUAAUUUGAAAGCUUUUCCGGUGGACCUAUUCAAUGGGCCAAAAUCAAAGUGGGGGAGGCCGGAAUGGUGCCGGGGAUAACAAGAAAGGGGACAAGGGGAAAGAGAAAAAGAAAUAUGAACGACCUCUGCCGACAAGAGUUGGUAAACGUAGAAAGAAGGCAAAAGGACCAGAUGCCGCUAACAAGUUGCCCAGUGUAACUCCUCAUACCCGGUGUCGGCUUCGUCUUUUAAAACAAGAACGCAUCAAGGAUUAUCUUUUAAUGGAGGAGGAAUACAUCAGGAACCAGGAGCGCCUCAAGCCACAAGAAGAAAAGCAAGAGGAAGAACGCACAAAAGUCGAUGAUUUGAGAGGUUCUCCCAUGUCGGUUGGAACGCUGGAGGAAAUUAUCGAUGAAAAUCACGCCAUUGUUUCAACUUCUGUGGGAUCCGAACAUUACGUUAGCAUCUUGUCGUUUGUUGACAAAGAUUUGCUGGAACCAGGAUGUACAGUGCUCAUGAAUCAUAAGGUCCACGCAGUUGUUGGUUUCCUCGGAGAUGAUGUUGAUCCUCUCGUGACCGUGAUGAAACUUGAAAAAGCUCCGAAAGAAUCAUACGCUGAUAUCGGGGGGCUGGAUACACAGAUUACUGAAAUAAAGGAAUCUGUGGAGCUGCCAUUAACCCACCCCGAGUAUUACGAAGAAAUGGGGAUUAAACCUCCUAAAGGUGUGAUCUUGUAUGGACCCCCUGGAACCGGUAAAACAUUGCUAGCGAAAGCUGUAGCCAACCAAACAUCGGCGACCUUUCUACGUGUGGUUGGGUCAGAGUUGAUACAGAAAUACCUCGGUGACGGACCUAAACUUGUGAGGGAAUUAUUCCGUGUGGCAGAGGAGCAUGCGCCAUCCAUUGUGUUUAUUGAUGAGAUUGAUGCCAUUGGUACUAAGAGAUACGAAUCUAACUCUGGUGGUGAACGUGAGAUACAGCGUACGAUGUUAGAGUUAUUGAACCAACUUGAUGGUUUUGACUCGAGGGGCGAUGUUAAAGUCAUCAUGGCGACGAACAGAAUUGACUCGCUCGACCCAGCGCUGAUCAGAGCAGGUCGAAUUGAUCGAAAGAUUGAGUUCCCGAUGCCGGAUGAGAAGACAAAGCGUCGUAUAUUCAAUAUACAUACAGCUCGUAUGACGCUUUCCGACGAUGUUAAUGUGGACGAACAUGUUCAAGCCAAAGAUGAUUUAUCCGGGGCCGAUAUCAAGGCAAUUUGCACCGAGGCGGGUUUACUUGCAUUGAGAGAACGUAGAAUGAAAGUCACGAGUGAAGAUUUCAAAAAGUCCAAGGAAAAUGUUCUUUACCGAAAGAAUGAGGGCGCCCCACAAGGAUUAUAUUUAUAAACAUUCAUACAAUUUGUUGAAGAUUAAAAACAUUGAGAUGUUUCGGUUAUUAAGUUGUUCAACUGGACACAAAGUUGCUGCAUUGAAAACAGACGUUUAUUAAACGUAUAAGGAUUAGAUUAAACACAGGUCAUGUUUCGUUUAAAGUUGAAAACAUUACAAUGUUAUAAUUAUUCAGAAGUUCAACUUUAUGAAAAUAUUGCUGCAUUAAAACAUUGAAUAAACUUCGGAUCUGCAUAUCUUUCUAGUGGUUACAAAAUACAUAUUUGUUUAUAAAAAACAUUGAAAAAUUACACUUAUUUUAUGGUUG